AUGCCAGGAACAUCAUUUUUCUUCGUCGAUAGCGCUCAAAGCAACAGAGCCGCCAAGAAGCUCGUAAGGAGCCACGUAAUGAAGGGCAAGAAUGCCGGCAAAAGAUUUCACCGGCGAUCAAGGCUGCAACUCGCUCCGACAAGACUCAGAGCAAGUGAGCGGACAAUUAUAUUGCGGCAGGAUCUGGAUAAGUCAAGAAAAGAGUACCGCUACAGUGACGAAGAACAUGCAAAGCUUAACUCUAUAUUGGUCUGUCCCAGCAAUGCGAUCCUCACAGGCCUGCCGGUGAAAAUCACCAAUCCUUCCAUGGAAAUAAUGAAUGAAUACUUUACCCGCACAAUGAACAGACUGUAUCGCCUUCACCAAUGGCUUUCUAUGGAUGAGGUCAAAGGAAUGUGGCUCCCUAUCCUUUUCGCCAAUCAAGCAGCUUACUAUUGCAAUAUUGCGCUCAUGCAAACCUGCAAUGAGAUGUACUGCAACAACGGAAACAGCUCGCCUAAAGCAUUGUAUCAUUUGUCACAGACGUUCAACCAUGUCACGAGACUACUUGCUGGUCCCGAUGCCCUGUCAGAUGCUGCAAUCAUGAUUGUAGUGAGCCUUAUCAGCAGUGAACUGAUCAGAAAGGGAUACGGAGACCUCAAAGUUCAUCUCAGCGGCCUACAGAGAAUGAUUCAGCUUCGUGGUGGUCUGUCUAAACUCGAGGGAAAUCCUGCGCUAUUACUGAAAGUCUGCAAGGUGGACAUAAUGCUUUCGCUUCAACAUGGUGGACCGCCGCUGUUCUUUCGAGAUCGGAUGAUCAAGGUACGGGAUACUCUAGCACUCACCAAACUAGACAUCGAUGGCGACGCCGCUGCAUCCUGUCCGCAGCAUGAGUUGCUAGAACCAUAUCUUCACGGAAUAUUGGUGGACAUGAUGGGUGUGGCGUCACUCUUCAACAGCGGCGCAACAAUUGAUCUGGAAACUCUUCAAGAGAUGAUACUAUCGCUUGGGUAUCGCCUCGUACAGUUCUAUCCUUCGGGGGAACGAAGGCUAUGGCACUUACAAGCCUCCUAUCACAUCGGCUUAACGAUAUUCAAUUUGACUGUCUUUCUACAUUCUGGACGUCGUCAAAUUGUGGACUACGAGCGCGUAGAUCGCCGGCUGAAGGAAAUCCUUAACACUGACUUGGAAGAUCAAAAUCCUGAACUCGCUCUCUGGCUCUCAAUCCUUGGUGGUAUUUGGGCGUCUGAUGGCUAUGAUGGGCACUGGCUUCCACCAAGAAUACGGCUAAUAGCAUCAAGGCUUGAUAUUCGCAGCUGGGAUGAAGUAUGCGUUGUAAUGAGCCACUUCCCCUGGGUUCACGCCUUGCACGAUGACCCAGGCCAUGCAUUAUGGGACCAAGCACACCAGGAUGAGUCAAUACCGAGUUGGAUAACAUUUUGA